AUGCCUGAAGAUAAAAAUUUAGUACAAUGUUAUAAUCGCGGUUGUGGCAAAGUUUUUGAUCCCAAUAAAAACGAUAAAGAUGAGUGCUGUCAUCAUCCAGGGGCACCUAUUUUUCAUGAUGCUUACAAAGGUUGGUCUUGUUGCAAUAAGAAAAGUGUGGACUUUACAGAAUUUUUAAAUAUAAAAGGCUGUACAUUUUCAAAACACUCUAAUGUGAAACCUCCAGAACCAGAGAAAAAGGCAUUAGAUAAGGAAUUAGAAAAAAAGGAAGUUAUAGAAGUAAGGGCACCAAUAGUUGGGCCUCAGUUGCCUAGACCAUCAUUUGAUUCUCCUAUGGUCACUUUACAACCUAGUAUUGCAGAAUCAUUAAAAGAAAUUGUCCACAAAGCAGCACAAGAAUCAAUGGCCCCUACUGAUGGAUCCAUUCAAAUUGGUACUACUUGUAAAAAUGGAGGUUGUAGCACCUCAUAUGAAGGCCCACAGAGUAAUAACAACAUGUGUACAUACCACCCCGGAUGCCCAGUGUUUCAUGAAGGUCUCAAAUUUUGGUCUUGCUGUCAAAAAAGAACAACAGAUUUUAAUACUUUUCUCAGUCAACCUGGUUGUACUACUGGUACCCAUAAAUGGAAUAAAGAGAAAGCUCCAGAAGGAACAGUUAAAUGUCGCUGGGACUGGCAUCAAACUCCUGAUUUUGUUAUUGUCAGUGUGUACGCAAAGAAAUAUGAUCCAUUUGUAAGUUUUGUGAAGUUGAAUCCAAUUCGCUUGAAUACCAAAUUAGUUUUUCAUGAAGAGGGCAAUGCAGUUUUUGAAAUGGACCUUGAAUUGAGAGGUGUGGUAGAUAUCGAUAAGAGUAGUGUUUCCAUGAUGGGAACUAAAGUAGAGAUAAAAUUAAAGAAAGCAGAACCGGGUGCUUGGAGCAAAUUUGACUUCCCCAGGACUGAACCUAAGAAAGAAAACAAGCAACCUGAAGUACUAGUUGAAGAAGAUGACUCAGUGGAUUUGUCAACCGUUGAAGCUAUACACUCUAUGGGCAAACUUUUU